AGCACGCCUUAUGAUUUUACCCCAGCAGCAGCAGUGGCAGAUGAGCGCACAAUAGAAAGGCGCAGGGCAGUUUAAUGUACCGGGUUAUGAGUUAUGGUGCGACUGACCGUCGGAUUUUGCAACAGCAUCGCAAAUGCACAUAAGAGAAGCGCUAAUAUACCAUGAGAACAGAUUGUCAUCACUGCGACCAGCUGUAUUUCUGCCUAGAGACGGGAGCCCUCGCGUUGUUGACGGAUUUCAUGUAAUGCCAAACGGUUGUCGGCAGCUGUGUUCACGCCUGUUCCCCUGCAAGAAUGAGCUCCUCUCCCGUCGUCUCCCGUGUGUCCGUCGACAUCUUGGAGGAACUGCAGCUCUUCGCCGCUAAAAACCUGGAGAAAGUCGAGGUCAACAAGUACUAUGAAGUCAUACGGGAGCUUGGCAAGGGCACCUAUGGGAAGGUGGACCUUGUCAUCCACAAGAUCAGAGGCAACAGAAUGGCUCUGAAAUUUCUAAAGAAGAAAACCACCAAGCUGAAGAGUUUCUUAAGAGAAUACAGCAUCUCCCUUUAUCUGUCUCCAUGUCCCUAUAUUAUCAACAUGUUUGGCAUUGCAUUUGAAACAGAGGAGUACUAUGUAUUUGCACAGGAGUAUGCACCAUCUGGUGACCUAUUUGACAUCAUUCCUCCACAGGUCGGACUUCCUGAACCAGUAGCUAAGCGUUGUGUCCAUCAGGUGGCCAUUGCUUUGGACUAUCUUCAUUCGAAAAAGCUGGUGCACAGAGACAUCAAGCCCGAGAACAUCUUGAUCUUUGAUAAGGAGUGCCGCAAGGUCAAGCUCUCAGACUUUGGCAUGACGAGGCGAGCCGGCUCACCGGUGAAACGCGUGAGCGGAACGAUUCCCUACACGGCCCCGGAGCUCUGCGACACGUCCAAGCACGAGGGCUUCUGCGUAGAUUACAGCACUGACGUUUGGGCCUUCGGAGUUCUGCUCUUCUGCAUGCUGACCGGAAACUUCCCCUGGGAGAAGGCCAUGCCCUCCGACACCUUCUAUGAGGAGUUCGUGCGCUGGCAGAGGAGGAGGACGGGUACGGUACCGUCACAAUGGCGCCGCUUCACGGACGAAGCCUUGCGAAUGUUCCGAAAGCUUUUGUCUCUGGAGCAGGAAAGGCGCUGUUCGGUCAAAGACGUGUUGGCUCAUUUUGGGCACCGUUGGAUGCUGGACACGCAGGGCGGAGGGAGCCACCACCAGGCUGCGCUGAACUCUUCGUCUGAGGAAGAGGAGCUGCUUGUGGACCGUAUGAAACAGCAGACGUUGUCUCCGGCGACCAAGAGCAAUGCGGCGGAGCCCGGGACGGCCCCGGCUCAUCACUUCACCUCCGUGUCUACAAACAGCUCCGUGUCUUCCACCAAUAGCUACGAGCGUUCGGCCAGAGACAGCCCUCCAAGUAGCCGCAUACUGGUCACCACUCCUAUAGAGAUCUGCGUGUAGCUCAUAACGCACAAGUAAAUUCACAGCUUCCCAUCAAAACAGUACAAACAUACUCGCAAGUGACUACAACUUUUUAACACUUGCGGACGCCCUAAACUAAAAGCAAAAAUAUACACAAUGUAGUUCAUAAAGAUGAGUGAUCAGUAUUUGAUUCUCCAGCAUUCGGUGAGUUUUAAAGUAGGAGCAGGACAUUUUGCUUACAUUCCUGACCGAGAUUUAGUAGAGACAGUACAUCAAAACUAUGACAUGCAGGUUGUACUUUGUUACUCGUGGAAAAGCAAUGAACCAAUAAAUGUGAAGAUUUAUAAGCUUGAAUCAAGUUCCAGCUGGAAAUGAUUUGGGAAGAUGUUCUAGGGCUUCCCGGAAAACUCUCUACAGCAAUAUAUGAAGCAAAAAAUGAAGCGCAAGUGAAGAGUCGUUUUUGUGAACAUGCAAAGGGAACAAUUCGGGUCUAAAGACAAAACUGAACUUAUGAUUAGAGGUGCGUGAUAGUUUGUGUAAAAAUCGAGUACUUUGUUAUUUAAUUUAUUUAAUUUACGUUCAGUACAUGCAACAAAUCUCAAGGUUUUCCGGAGGUUUGGGAUGCUGAUGAUGUCACGGAUAUUGCAUGUACUCAAAGCGUUUAUAUUUCUGACUCGUAGACUGUUGUUUUGAAUUGAAUUAAUUUAUCAGAUUUGUUAGUAUUCAGAAAUAUAUUUUUUCAGUUGUAAAGUAGUUCAUGAUGUUCUCUGUUGAAUUUAUUUUGGUACUUGCUGACACUCUUAGUCUUGACACAGACAAACUUGCUUUCCGUAGUGCAGCAUUUGUAGUUUUUUCUCUCAAUAGUAGCUUGACUUACAAGCAGAUGAAUAGUCAACUACACCAUUACCAACACUUAGAAAAAAAUUUGAACAAAACUGAAAGUGUGUUUGCAUUUUUCUUGAUUGUGAGAUGGAGAAACGGGGAUCUGUACGUUGUGUAGUAGUAGUUGUAUUGGUAAACACAUCUAAUUGAAGAUUUACAGGUUGAAAAGUAUUUUCUUCCCCUUUAUUGUCUAUUAAAGUCUUUAUAUUUUUUCUACAUUGGUUAAAACUGAAACACAAACUAUGAAGACUGAAGAUGUGCACAAUCCCAUUCAAAUAACUGCAUGAUGACGAAAAACGUUGAUUUAUUGAAAAAAGUGAUUUAAGAUAUGUGAGAACUGUUGUAAUGUGAAAUUUUUGCUGUUACAAUUUCUUGCAUAAUGUUUCAGAGUUAAAUUGUAGUAGAUGACUUCUAGGGCUAAACAUCGAGCCAAAUGAAUAAUUGUUAGUUUUGUUGUGUCGUGUUUGUGUGCUGUUGUUGUGUUCAUUUCUCUAUUAGGUCAAGAACUACCUGAGCAAAGUUAUUCACGAAUACAGUCAGGGGAGAUUUUAAGAAAUAUUGAGGGAAGACUUAAGUCUUGAUGAGAAAUUGAAAAUGCUAUGGAAGUUAUUAUUGGCUUGAAACAAUAAUGGUAGUUUUUAUUGGAAUUGGUGUAUUUUGUGUUUACGUGUUUUAUUUUGUGUAUGUGUAUGCAUGAACAUUUGGUUAGAUAUAGCAGUAUCACUUUGCAACAAAUUUGGACCAUUAAUAUGUACAAGACGUAAAGCAAUGAGCAUUAAAUCCAUAGUAAACAUUUUUUUUUGUGCAACUUACUGAAUUUGAUCUAAUCUGACAUCAUCUGAUAGUCAGUAAGCAUAGACAUUAAAUGCCUACAGUAGUAUUUAUAUUGUUUUUAGUUACAUGAAAGAGCUGGACAAGGAUUUUAUGAUCAAACAAACUUUGUUCAGCAGGUUCUUGGUUUCUGGUGAUGAUUUCGAUUAGUUAUAACUUAUCAGUCAUCUUAAAACAAACUCUGAAACUCAUCCAAAUUCUGUCUUUGCAAUACAACUGUCUUCCUGUAAUUUCAGAUUUAUUCAGAAAAUAAAUCUUGACCAAAAAUG